AGACCAGAUUUAGUAUAUGACAAGGUCAGGGGUCAGUAUGUCCAGACACGAGUGACCAGAAAUCUCUUCCACACUGGCCACAGGGCCUUUCCUUUCUGGGGAGUCCUAAGGAUCUGGCCCUCUGCUACAAAUUGCUACAAAUGCCCAAUGGGGAAACUGAGGCCCAGAGAGGGCGUGAGGGGUUCAGCGUCACUCUGGGAAGCCCCGCCCUCCCGUUCUCGAGGCCUCCCACCCCAGGGUCCUCCUCCUCCGCCCCCGUCCUUCCGUUCCCACCCUCAUCUGUGCUAAGUUGCCCCGCUCCCAGGAGCAACCGAGGCCCCUCCCCGACACGCUCCGGAGGCGCCGCAAGGCCCCGCCCCUUGGACGAUGCAAAUGAGGCUCCGGAGGCCCCGCCCCUCCCGCGGCCGCGGAGCCUGCGCCGCCCCGCCCCGCCGGCCCGACAGUGUCUCCGUCUCCGCGUCCGUCACCGCGGCCAGACGUCCGUCUGUCUGCCCCGCCGCACCCGGGCCGUCUGUGCGGAGCGGGGGCUCAGGCGGCGGCGGCGGCUGCACCGGGUGAGGGGGGCCUGGGGCGUCCUCUCCCCCCCCAUCCCCUCCGGGGGCUUCCCAUCUUCCAUCUGCUGGUCGAGGCCCGGACUCCGGUUUCCGAGAACGAGCCUCGUGGAUGGAGCUUUGGACCCAGAGUGCCUACCCUUGCCUACCUGGGCCUUAGUUUCCACAUCUUCACAAUGGGGGUGACUGUCCCUGCCCUGCUGGCUACCAGGAGUGGCUGUGAGUCCAUGGUUGUGGCGGCAGCCUGUCAGAAGCCCUAGGGCAUUUUCACAGGCCCAGCCUUCACUAUGGCGGGAGGGAGACCUCACCCGAAGAGGAGUUUCUCCAUCAUUCCCUGCUUUGUCUUUGUGGAGUCAGUGCUGCUGGGCAUUGUGGUUCUGCUUGCUUACCGCCUGGAGUUCACAGACACCUUCCCCGUGCACACCCAGGGGUUCUUCUGCUAUGACAGCACCUACGCCAAGCCCUAUCCGGGGCCUGAGGCUGCCAGCCGAGCACCCCCCGCCCUCAUCUAUGCCUUGGUCACUGCUGGGCCCACCCUUACGAUCCUGCUGGGGGAGCUGGCACGUGCCUUUUUCCCCGCACCACCCUCCGCCAGCCCCGUCAUCGGGGAGAGCACCAUCGUGUCAGGGGCCUGCUGCCGCUUCAGCCCCCCGCUGCGGAGGCUGGUUCGCUUCCUGGGCGUAUACUCCUUCGGCCUCUUUACCACGACCAUCUUCGCCAAUGCAGGGCAGGUGGUGACUGGCAACCCCACGCCACACUUCCUGUCAGUGUGCCGCCCCAACUACACCGCCCUGGGCUGCUCACCACCCUCACCUGACCGUCCAGGGCCUGACCGCUUUGUCACUGACCAAGGUGCCUGUGCAGGUAGCCCCAGCCUCGUGGCUGCUGCGCGCCGCGCCUUUCCCUGCAAGGAUGCAGCCCUCUGCGCCUACGCGGUCACCUAUACGGCGAUGUAUGUUACCCUCGUGUUCCGCGUGAAGGGUUCCCGCCUGGUUAAACCCUCCCUCUGCCUGGCCCUGCUGUGCCCCGCUUUCCUGGUGGGCGUGGUCCGCGUGGCCGAGUACCGCAAUCACUGGUCGGACGUGCUGGCGGGCUUCCUGACUGGAGCAGCCAUCGCUACCUUUCUGGUCACCUGUGUUGUGCACAAUUUCCAGAGCCGGCCUCCCUCUGGCCGAAGGCUCUCCCCCUGGGAGGACCUGGGCCAGGCCCCCACCAUGGACAGCCCCCUCGAAAAGUUAAGUGUGGCCCAGGAAUCCGAGACCUGCAGGCCGCAUUCGACACCGGCACGGCUCACCCCAUCCAAGCCGCAGAACUGCGCCCGCCGUGGCCACCUGAUCCCCAGCUGUGUGUCCUCUAGGGCCCCAGCCAUGUGUUCGUCACCUCGUGUGCCCCGCCCUCGACUGAGGUCUGAGCCAACGCCCCUACCACUGCCCCUGCCCCUUCCAGCGCCAACUCCCAGCCAGGGCCCCUCACCUUCCUCUCCUGGACCUGGGGGGCCAGGCGGGGGCGGUGGACGUGGCCGGAAGCUGCUGCUGCCCACUCCCCUGCUGCGGGACCUGUAUACCCUCAGUGGACUCUACCCCUCCCCCUUCCACCGGGACAACUUCAGCCCUUACCUGUUUGCCAGUCGCGACCACCUGCUGUGAGGCCCACCUAUCCACCCAGAACCUGCCCAUGUCCCUCUUUCUCCCCUGCCACACGUGUAUGUGCGUGUGCUGUGUGAGUGCCAAAGCCUCCUGUCCACAAACCAGCCGGACCUGACAUUAGAAGAUGGCUGGAAGGAUAUGGGGGAGGGGAACCCCUGCCUCUUUUGCCCUCUGGGACACUCCAGUGGGCACAUCUGCUGGUUGGGCCCUUGUACCUAGGAUUGUUCUUUUAAGGGCUAAAGUUUGACUCAAUUGGCCAUUGCCCAGCCAAUGAGAACCCCCAGUUCAGAAUUCUACCCAAAAGGGGUUUACUCUAGCCAGUGGGAGCCUCCCUCUCACUUCUUAGAAUCCUCAGGCAAGAGGGCAACUCCAGCCUGCAUUCAGUGUCUGAACGGCCAAUAGGAGCCCUGGGCUUUCAGAAUUUUAGAGUGGGUGGGUAUGAUUCCAGUCAAUGGGGGACCGCCUGUGUUUAAGUAUGCGCACAGGAGAGGGGGAGAAGGGUUCAUCCUUUGCUACCAGAUCCUUUCUCCUCAGAAUCACAGGGUCCAGCUGGAGGGUGGGGGGCAGGCUCCCCCAUGGCAGGGUCCUUGGGGUACCUCUUCUCCCUCAGCCCCUCCCCCACAUGCACCCUCUCACCCAGUCCCACCUGACUCCCUACUUAAGCAGGGCUUACCCCAGUUCAGAUGUUUUGGGGUUCAGGGUGCUGUGUCUCCCCUUGCCUGUGCCCAGUGCACCACCCAACCCUUCUGUUAUUUAUUAGGGCUGUGGGAAAGAACUUUUUUUUCUUGGAACCCACCCCUGUUCUUCACACUGCCCCCCAUGCCUCAGCCUCAUGCAGAUGUGCCAUCUUGGGGGGCAUGGGUGGAGCAGAGGGGGCUCCCCUACCCUGAGCAGCCAAAUGCAGUGGGCAGAGGAGACACUGUCCCCCUUUCCUGCACCCUUCUCAUCUUUAAUAAAGAUCUGGCUUCUCAUCUUUAAUAAAAACCUGUUUAUAACAGAA